AUGCCCGUACCAAUCAGACGACGCUUAAUUUCUGCGUACAUUUUGACACCAAAAACAGAAACCUCUUUUAUAACAUACAGGGAAACCUCAGACGCCGUUCACCCGCAACAAGUCAACCACACUCCACCAGACCUCGUCUCUCAUAUCCCCCCUUCGCAGACCGACAGCCCCUCACCGGCUUCUGCCAGCUCCCUCGCCACAAUGGCCGCCGUAAAGAAAAUCACCAAUUACAUCAUCGCCCGUCCAAAGCUUUUCAACUUUAUCAAACCAAUUGCCGACCGGUAUUGCGACCUCGCCGGAUAUCGGAAAGUCGGGCUCAUGUAUGAGGACCUCCUCCGUGAGGAAUCGCAUACCGUCCAGCUAGCAUUGAAGCGAUUGCCUCCAAGACUCGCCUAUGACCGUGCCUUCAGAAUACGGCGAGCUCUCCAGUGCUCUGUUACCCAUACUCUACUGCCCAAGGAAGAGUGGAUCAAGGCCGAAGAGGAUGUACCCUACCUGUCCCCCUAUAUCGAAGAAAUAGAGAAGGAAGAAACCGAACGUAAGAUGUUCGACGCCUUGACCAGGAAGUAG